AUGGAUACUGGCAAAGAGAAAGACCGCUUAGAUACGGAAAACCCAUCGUUAAUAGCUGGCAAUACAAAGCAGCAAGCUACAUCUCAAAGUUCUGAGAGUAAAACAAAGCUUGCUGUUGAAAAGGACACCGACCCUCCUCUCCCAUCACGCCCAACAACCAGGUCUGCGACAGGGCGAUCCAAGGCCGCUCCCGAUACCGUGCUAUCCAUACGGCAUGCCUCAAAGAAUGUUCUUCAAUCCAAGCCUACAACAGCUGUUUCUCUACAGGAUAUCAAUUCUCAGACCUUCCAAGAAGGCUCCAACGAUAUCUAUUCACUACUAGGAGCAAGAUCAGGUAACGAGGAGGCUAUCAAGUCCAAAUGCAGUUUGAGUCGACCCGGGAGCGGGAAAGAAAGCGAUGCAGCAGAUUCUGCUAGCAUCAAAUCCGUCAUUCCCGGAGAAGGAACGCCAGUUGAGGUGGGAAGCAUUUUCGGCGAUUUUACUGGCGCAGGCCAACCACAGCCGCUAUGGGAUACAAAGAGAAAACAAGUGAAUAUAUUUGAUCGUAGUGAGCCUGGACUAGAGGACGACGACCUCAGUCUAGACUUUGAAAGCGAAUUUGAUUGCGUUGAAGAUAUCGCAGCAGACGAUAAUGGCGACAAAAUCUUGGAAGAGUGGAGACAAAAAAGAAAGCAUUAUUUCAUAUUAUCCGCGGCAGGAAAGCCAAUUUACACCAGACAUGGUGAUGAUGGUCUGAUAUCACCUUAUAUCGCCAUCAUUCAAACCAUCAUUUCGUUCCAUCAGGAAUCCAGCAAUCCGUUAAAGAGUUUUAGUGCGGGUAGAACGAAGAUUGUCAUCCUUUCGCAAGGCCCACUACAUCUUGUUGCAAUAAGUCGCCUCCUGGAGAGCGAUUCGCAACUGAGGAAUCAACUUGAUGCCCUAUACAUGCAGAUUCUCUCUACGUUAACACUGCCUGCUUUGCAACACAUCUUUGCUGUACGCCCAUCUACAGAUUUGCGGCGGCCCUUACAAGGAACGGAGUCCCUCCUAUCGUCCCUGGCGGACAGUUUCACCAAAGGUUCUCCUUCGACCCUCGUUUCCGCAUUAGAAUGCCUUAAAUUGCGAAAAUCAUAUCGUCAGCAAAUAAAUAGCAUUCUUCUAAAGUCAAGAGUGGAACCGCUCCUUUACGGACUCGUUGUUGCAGGGGGGAGGCUUGUGAGUGUUAUUAGGCCCAAGAAACAUUCUCUACACCCGGGGGAUUUACAGUUAAUAUUCAACAUGAUUUUUGAAGCGGAUGGAGUGAAAGCGGGCGGUGGCGAAAGCUGGAUUCCAAUAUGCCUCCCCGGAUUUAAUAGCAGAGGCUAUUUGUAUAUGUAUGUUAGUUUCCUCGACCUUCACGAUCACCUACCAGAAGACGACAAGGAUAUCAAUAAAGACGAUGCGGUGGCCAUCAUUUUGAUCAGUGCAGACAAAGAGAGCUUCUUCGUGCUGCGAGAGAUGCGAGAUUCGGUUGUCCAAGAACUGGAGAAAAGCAACAGCAAGAAUAUUAUCAGGGCAGCUAUCGAGAAAGGUCGCCCGGCCACCACGGAUAUCGUUCCAGGCACCGUUCUCCGACAUUUCCUCUAUAAAUCUAAAUCCAAUGUUCAGUUCACCAUGUCAUCCUAUUCCCCUGAUUUCACAACCCUGGUCGCACGUCGAAGGUUGCUAUCUACCUACCAUGGCCUACAUAGCAGCGUCCAUUCUAAAAACACACAUGUCAAGGUACAACACUGCGCCUCCAGGUUUAUGAAUUCUCUAGCAUGGGUAACUCCGAAUUUUGAAUUGUACUGCGUGGCUUCACCCAACAGCAACAGAAAUGCUUUAUCUCAAAGUGCAAAUAAGAUAGCCCAGUGGGUGCAACAGGAGGAUGAAAGGGUCUUCAUCAUCGGAGGUGCUGUUUUCUGA